AUGGUCCUUCCCACCGUAAUGUUCUACUUCGGUGGCGUCUACCUAACCCUCGAUUUGCUCCGCGUCUGUGGAUUCAAGGCCCCCUUCCGGAUAUCCUCCACACCAAAGGGCUCCGUGAUGCCCACAGCCCUCUACGUCCUCAUCGAAGACGUCAUCGCCGUCGACGGAGGCGGCGGUCAGAUCUACCGCUACGCACUGCGCACCCGAUACCUUUCGAGCCCAUACUUCCGGCGCAUGCUCUUCGAAAUGAACAUGUUCUGGGCAGGAGGCUCAAUCGUCUGUGCAGCUGCCAUUACCGCCAUAAUCUUCACGACCUCCAGACCCGUCGCCUACACUCUGGGCUGGUCACUCCCCUUCGCUUGGGCCGGCGUCUGGACCCUCAUCACCAUCCCGUGGGUGCAAAGCGACCUUCGCCGUGAAAAGAAAGCCUGGAGGGAGAAUCGCGGGCAAGGAGACGUGCCCACGUACACCGAUGUCGUCGGUGCCCCGUCGGCCCCGACCCGUCUCGAAUCAGUCCAGGGCCACCUCCCGAGUUUCUUGCCCUGGGUGCGGGAAAAGCAGUCGUCGCCGACGACUCCGUCUGACGGCCACUCGAACGUGUGA